GGAUGAUCGUCCAUCUCCAAAAUUGGCACGAAAUUCCUCGUUGCGGUUCGGACUGCUUCUGUUUCACCCACACCUUUCACCAGCGCCCUCAGCUUGUGCCGUAUCUCGCUCGCCAUUUGCUUCCACUUGUCGUCCACCCCACAUUUCUCCCCUCUUGACUGACUGCUCUUUCAGCUGUACAGCAGCUGGUUUAUUUGUGCCUUUCCUCACCCUAGCAACUUUUCCGUGAUUUCAUUCUGGCGUCUUUGCGACGGCUCGUCCGGGAAUAUGAGGCCGUUGUCCCUUUACGGCUACUCCUCACUAUGCGCUUUCGACAGCCAUAAAGGCAAAAAGGUAGCAAGAGAGCACAUUUACCUCCUCUUCGUUUCCACAUACUUCGCCUAUCACGCUCCCUGGAGGUUUGCCCGACAGAGCUGACAAGAUAGUCCGAAAUCGCAACCUCUUAGUAGUCUGCAAUUAGUCAGAAUCGCGUGUUUUUUUUUCAGGUAUCUUUCCACGCUCGACGCAACAAUCACAGCAACCACCAAGAUCGCUUUUGAGGCACCUCAAGAGUAACCACCAAGAACGCACGGAAGCCAAAACUGGCGCCGCAACAAGGCUCAUGCUUCCCCGCGAUCGCCCGAAUCGCGCCAUCCGGCGGCGGCCGCCCGCCGCUCUGGCGCCCCCCACGCGGAAGCGGCGGCGGUGGAUGCACGGGGAUGCGGCGGAAUUCCGUUCCGCUAUGGGCGGUGACCAUCGAGUCUUGUAGCGAGGACGAGGACUCGUCAGAUGACUCUAACGCGUACGACUCCGACUCCGAUAAUAGCUCGUUUUCGGACCUAAGCUCCCCCGACGCGGAGCAGCUAAUGGCGGAGCUCUCCGUCGGAAUCGAUUCGGAAGCGAUGGUGCGCUCUCGGUCGGCGAGAUCGGUCAGGAGCGCGGGCGGCGGAAGCGGAAGCAGCAUGGACGGCGCGGCCGCGGAAGGGUCAGCGGCGGGAGGCCGCGAGGUGGUGGCGGCAGUGGCGGCGGAAGGCGCGGACAUGGGGGAACAUCCUCCCCCCAAUAAUGACGCUGCCGCCGCGGCGACGGUGAUGGCGCGUAUCGACCACGAGGGAUAUGCGGAGCUUGCGCCCGCCGCCGCGGUGGCAUUCGCGGGAUACGCGGAAACGUCGAGCAGUACGAGGAGGAGUAACACCGCCGCAGUUGGCGCACACACGAGGUCUAUGUCGGUUAGCGGCGGCUCCGCGGCGGGUCACGACAGAACGCCGCGGCACGAGUGGCUCAUGUCGCGAUACCUGGAGUCCGAAGCUUCCUCUUCUCUUUCUUCGAGUAAUCUCCGCCGAUCCUCUUUCCGCCUCGAUCUUCCGCUUACCGCCGCGGCUUCUUCCCCCGCAUCCCCUUCCCCUUGCGCUGCUGCCUAUUCCGCCUCCGCUUCCCCGCUUCCCCCUUCCGCCGACCGCUUCCAUUACUCCCCCUCCGGAAGCUACUACGCCGCCUCCCCCUCCCCAUUGGCGCCGCAUCCCGCCUACAUUCCACAGAGCAAGAGCGCGAGCGUGAGGGGGAAUCCGUACGCGUUUCUGCACGCCAGCCCGUUUCGUUACAGCCACGACUGCUACGACAGUGACGAUGAAAAAGAAGGCGAUGAUAGUAACGAUGGUGAGAAAAAUGAUGCUGUUGAUGAUGGUGACAGUGGCGGAAGGGUGGCAAAGGGUGGGCCAAUUGGUGGGGAACGGUCAAGAUCGGUGCACAGCAGCAGCAGCAGCAGCAGCAGCAUCAGUGGUGGUGGUGGUAUCCGCAUCGGAAGCAGCAGGAGGAGUAGUACCGUCACAGUAACGGUGGCGGUUGAGAAGAACGAAGCGGAAACUGGCUGUCACAGUAAUGUAGAAUCAUCACUAGGAAUUGCCAACCAAUGGAGCCACCAAUACGGACAUGCCACGUCAGGGAUGAGAUCUGCUCCAGGGCCUGGAGAAGCUGCCACGUGUCCCUGUGAGAGUGGUGGCUGUCACCACAUUGAUGAGUCGAUCCAAGCAGGUGACAACACCCAGGGUGUUAGAAGCACCAGCAGCACCACCACCAGCAGCAUCAGCAGCAGAACCAGCAGCAGCAGCCAGGGCAGUGCUGGUGGGAGCAGCAGCAGCAGCAUCAGCAGGAGACAUGGAAUCACUGAGGCCAUCAGAGCUGCAGUGCUGAUGCACAGUACAGGGGGGAGUGGGAGCUGCACGGGCAGCAACAGCAUCAGAGCCAGCAGCAGGAGAAGUGCUGCUGGUGAGGCGCCUCAGGAACCCACGGAUGCCGUCAGAGCUGCAGUGCUGAUGCGCGGUGCGGGCGGAAGCAGCAGGGGCAGCAGGGGCAGCAGGGGCAACAACAGAGCCAGCAGCAGGGGAAGUGCUGCUGGUAGUACUGCUGCUGCCUGCAGUCCUGCAGAUAUCAUGCACAGUGCAGGAGGGAACAGCCAUGGGAACAGCCAUGGGAACAGCCAUGGCGGUAGCAGCAGUGCAGAAGAAGACCCGGUGGUAACGAUGGGCAGCCCUAGCAACAUGGCAAGUGUUCUCAUGGAGCCCUGUGACGCUAACGAGGCAGUUACUAUCGAGAACCAGAGGCUGCAGGUCACACACAGCACCAGUUUCAAACAGCCAUGCAGACAACCACGCAGCAGCACAGUACCGGAUCCAACCGCUCUGCAACCAUUGCUGGGCUCAGAAAUCGUUCUGGAUCCGUCCAAAAAAGUCCAAUGGUUCGGGGACUGGGACGACGGCCGAAGCUGGAAGGAAACCCGCUCCAAAACUCACAGGUGGAAACCGGAAGAUACCCUCGCUGUCCCGGGGUUACCGGGAAGAAUACCCAUGGGGAAAAUGGUGGAAUAUGUGUGGCUGCUGCUCCUGCUAGCCAUGGCGGUUACUGCUGGUGGAAUGACGCUCUUCUCGGUGCUGUUCUGGGCCAGAGGGCCGGCUGCUGUGUGCCUGGCAGUCAUGGGAGUGCUUGGUGGACGGGGCGUGCUGCUCGCAGGCUACUGCCUCAUGCUGCGGUUGCUCCUGGGAGCAGAACGUGUCCACGCAGCAUGCUACGCCCUCCUCGAUAUUACCACCGCAGGCGCCCUAGCAGCGCUCUUCUUCCUCUCCUCCUCCGCCUCCCUCACCAUCCCUAUCGCCUCCUACCUCCUCGCCCGCUCCCUCUGCGAGCUCCUCACCCUUUUAAGCGCCUGGAACUGCCGGGGCCGCGAGUGGUGGACGUCGCUACUAGCCGUCUGGCCACCUCUCCUCCUCGGGAUAAGCCUAUUCUACCGCCAGCCAACGGGCGAAAGCUGGUACAUUGUAACGGUUAUGGGGUUGUGCUGUGUGGUGGAGGGGCUGCCGCUAUGGGUGGCGUGUGUGGUGCUGAGAGUGAGGUUGGUGGGAGGGCGCGGAAGCUUGCCGCAGCAUGCGAGGGCGUGUGUGAGGAAGGCUGCUGCAGUGGGCACUUUCAUGCAUGGCGUACUGCGGUUGCUGCUUCUGGCCCUGUUCUUUGUGGCAAAGUAUGCUCUGUAGUAGGAAGGCAGAGGAGUCUUUGCCUGUCAGCAUGCAUGGGAGGGGGUGUAGCCUGCAUGGGAGGGGGUGUAGCCUGCAUGGGAGGGGUUGUAGCCUGCAUGGGAGGGGGUGUAGCCUGCAUGGGAGGGGGUGCCGCCUGCAUGGGAGGGGGUGUAGCCUGCAUGGGAGGGGGUGUAGCCUGCAAGGGAGGGUGUGUAGCCUGCAUGGGAGAGGGUGUAGCCUGCAUGGAAGGGGGUGUAGCCUGCAUGGGAGGGGGUGUAGCCUGCCUCAGCAUGAGAGGGCGUGUGUGAGGAAGGCUGCUGCAGUGGGCACUUUCAUACAUGGAGUGAUGAGGCUGCUGCUGCUGGCCCUGUUCUUUGUGACAAAGAAUGCUCUGUAGGAAGGAAGACGCAUGCUUCCCUGACACAUGAAGCAAUGUGGCCCUGUUCUCUGUGGCCAAGUACCCCGGGACGGGACACUCUGUAGGGAUUGCUGCCUUGGGCGUCAGUCACGGCACAUUGCCGCAGCGGCAGCACGCAGCGGGGGGGGAUGAGGAAAACGGCAGCGGUUGUAUGGCAGUACGUGCUCUCAUGGAGUGGUUGGUAACUUGGUACUACACUUGAGGCUGCUAUGGGUGGCUGGCUCUGUCUGCUGCAUGUUUCGCAUGGUAGCAUAGCAUAGAAUUCUAAAAAACAAAGCGCAUACGCACUGCAUGAUGCUCUGCAUAGCAUGUACUGCCGUACAUUAGAGGUCUGUCACUGUUAGUCAGACCCUCACUGACUGCAGGAGAUGACUGGAAGCUAUGACUGGUACUAGGUACCAUUAAUUGAGUAAUGAGGGUGUGCUUGCUUAUGGUGGCA